GCCUUCUCCCAUAAACCCUUCCUGAAACUCUCCCAGCCAAAAGCGCCCGUCGCUCUCUCCCCUCUCUCUCUCUCUGCGCACUGCCGCUGCUGGCUCUUCGUGCUGCUACUUUACGCCGUGUUUAAUGGGAUGCGCUCUGAUUCUAAAAUUGCCUGUGAAGAAUUUGCAUUCCCUCACAUUGUUCGUCUCUGGUCAUAUCACUGGAGCAGGAACAGCCAUCUUUUGGGUUUGUUUGCUUUGCAUUGUAAUAAUAGGAGAAACUAUAGCAGCCAGAAUUUAUUGGAAGAUAUUGAACCAACCAGCACAACGUGCACUGCUAUUAAUCAAAUUCCCAAUCAUCCUCCUGGAAGACAUUGCAGUCCUCCCAAAUUUUUCUCCGGUGAAGCGUAUUCUGUUCUUCAAUCAAGUGGUCUGCAACAUUGGUUCAAAAAUUGGCAAGAACAAAGAAGGCAUAAACUUACAGCAAGCACUUUUGGUGGGGCUGUUGGUUUUUGGCCCCGAAGAAGAGUCCAGCUGUGGCUAGAGAAACUUGGUGCAAUUGAGCCAUUCACAGGUAACCUAGCCACGUGUUGGAGCAAUAUUAAAGAAGAGGAAGCGCUCGAGAGAUAUAAACUGAUAACUGGAAAUGCUGUCUUGUUUCCUGAAUUUCAGGUCUAUGGUAGGAAGGAUCCAAAGGACAACUGGCUUGCAGCUUCACCGGAUGGAGCAAUUGACAGCCUUGUUUAUGGGUUGCCUUCCAGGGGAGUUCUGGAGAUAAAAUGUCCUUUUUUUAAUGGAGAUAUGAGGAGGGCUUCCCCUUGGUCACGUGUUCCCCUUUAUUGUAUGCCUCAAGCUCAGGGUUUAAUGGAAAUCAUGGACAGGGAUUGGAUGGAUUUCUAUGUUUGGACUCCUAAGGGAAGUAGUUUAUUUAGGUUAUACAGAGAUUCCGAAUAUUGGGAUGUUCUGAAAAUUGCAUUAUCUGACUUCUGGUGGAAGCAUGUUCAGCCAGCGAGGGACUUGUGCAAUAGUUGUGUUAUCAGUAAUCCCCUCACUCAAUUGAAAUCACUCAGGCCUGCACCAAGACAUGAAUUAUGUAAUUACAUCGUUUAUGAAAGCAAACGCCUAGUUUAUGGCUCCAAGUUGUUGGUGCGUGAAAUUCAUGGAAAACUGCAAAAUUGAUGCAAUUUGAUAAUUUAGUGGGUAAUUUUUUUUCUUGGGAUCAGAAUUCAGAAUUCAGAAUUCAUAGUAUAUGAAGAUGCUUUUGUAGAGAAUCAAGCAUGAGAGUCCUAGACUUCUAGUCUUUAAAUUAUGGUAACUGAAACUGUUGCAGUAAUACGUAACUGAAAAGGAAACUGAAAUAGUGAUCCUGGUCCCAAGAGAAAUCAGUUUCCACCAAGCGACAGUGCAGAAUUUUACCAUGAUAUGCAGGAGGUUAUGUACAAAAAGACAUGAUAUGAUAUAAAGGAAACAGUGAAGUCUAGAGUAGAUUGCAAUUUAUGAGCUGAGGCAUCAGCUGGACAUUGAAGAGUUGAGACGUUGAGUUCCCUUGAAAGUGAAAGUGUCAUUUGUGUUGAACUGGAAAGUCUUCUUGAAGAAAUUGCAUUCCCUCACAUUGUUCGUCUCUGGUCAUAUCAUUGGAGCUGGAACAGCCAUCUUUUGGGUUUGUUUGCUUUGCAUUGUAAUAAUAGAAGAAACUAUAGCAGCCAGAAUUUAUUGGAAGAUAUUGAACCAACCAGCACAACGUGCACUGCUAUUAAUCAAAUUCCCAAUCAUCCUCCUGGAAGACAUUGCAGUCCUCCCAAAUUUUUCUCCGGUGAAGCGUAUUCUGUUCUUCAAUCAAGUGGUCUGCAAAAUUGGUUCAAAAAUUGGCAAGAACAAAGAAGGCAUAAGCUUACAGCAAGCACUUUUGGUGGAGCUGUUGGUUUUUGGCCCCGAAGAAGAGUACAGCUGUGGCUAGAGAAACUUGGUGCAAUUGAGCCGUUCACUGGUAACCUAGCCACGCGUUGGAGCAAUAUUAAAGAAGAGGAAGCGCUCGAGAGAUAUAAACUGAUAACUGGAAAUGCUGUCUUGUUUCCUGAAUUUCAGGUCUAUGGUAGGAAGGAUCCAAAGGACAACUGGCUUGCAGCUUCACCGGAUGGAGCAAUUGACAGCCUUGUUUAUGGGUUGCCUUACAGGGGAGUUCUGGAGAUAAAAUGUCCUUGUGUCAAUGGAGAUAUGAAGAGGGCUUCCCCUUGGUCACGUGUUCCCCUUUAUUGUAUGCCUCAAGCUCAGGGUUUAAUGGAAAUCAUGGACAGGGAUUGGAUGGAUUUCUAUGUUUGGACUCCUAAGGGAAGUAGUUUAUUUAGGUUAUACAGAGAUUCCGAAUAUUGGGAUGUUCUGACAAUUGCAUUAUUUGACUUCUGGUGGAGGCAUGUUCAACCAGCGAGGGACUUGUGCAAUAGUUAUGUUAUCAGUAAUCCCCUCACUCAAUUGAGAUCACUCUGGCCUGCACCAAGACAUGAAUUAUGUAAUUACAUCAUUUAUGAAAGCAAACGCCUAGUUUAUGGCUCCAAGUUAUUGGUGCGUGAAAUUCAUGGAAAACUGCAAAAUUGAUGCAAUUUGAUAUUUUAGUGGGUAAUUUUUUUUCUUGGGAUCAGAAUUCAUAGUAUAUGAAGAUGCUUUUGUAGAGAAUCAAGCAUGAGAGUCCUAGACUUCUAGUCUUUAAAUUAUGGUAACUGAAACUGUUGCAGUAAUAUGUAACUGAAAAGGAAACUGAAAUAGUGAUCCUGGUCCCAAGAGAAAUCAGUUUCCACCAAGCGACAGUGCAGAAUUUCACCAUGAUAUGCAGGAGGUUAUGUACAAAAAGACAUGAUAUGAUAUACAGGAAACGGUGAAGUAUAGAGUAGAUUGCAAUUUAUGAGCUGACAUCAGCUGGACAAUGCUUCUAGUAAUGUUUUGUGUUUAGACUUUAGUGCUUACGUUAUCCUGCUGUUAUGCAACAUUUAAGAGCAAAAAAAUACAGCUUGUCACCUCUUAA